AUGCCCCAAACCUACAACAAAGCCUUCAUCCCCCUCGAAUCCAACCCCCAAGUCUUCAAUGAACUCAUCGCCGCCCUUGGUGCCUCACCUGACCUCCACUUCCAAGACGUCUUCGCCCUCGACGAUCCGGCCUUCCUCCCACCCAAGAUCCUCGCCCUCGUUCUCGUCUUCCCUACAACGCCAACCUACGAAGCGCGGCUGACGGCCGAGGACGCCGGCGCAAAGGACUGGAUGGUGGAACACGAUGAGGAGGACGAGGAUGCGGUGUGGUUUAAGCAGACUAUCAAUAAUGCCUGUGGUUUGUAUGCUGUUUUGCAUGCUUUGGCAAACGGCCGGGCCAAAGACUUUCUGAACAACCUCCUGUCCAUCACAGCGCCCAUGGACCCAGCCCAGGCCGCCAUGGUGCUAGAAAGCUCAACAGAACUCGAGGAUGCGUACGCUGCUAUCGCGACAAAGGGCGACACGGCGGCACCGCAAAGUGCAGAGGACGAAGUCUACUUCCACUAUAUCUGCUUCGUCAAAUCACCAGACACUGGCCACCUCUACGAGCUGGACGGAGAUCGUAAAGGCCCGGUGGAUAGAGGGAUCCCAGACGAAGAGGAAAAGGUGGAUCUCGGACCAAAAUCCGUAGACCUUGUCAGGAACUUCAUUCAGCAAGGAGGAGACGAUAUUGGCUUCAGCCUCUUAGCCCUAACUGAAGGGGCAUGA